CUCAGAACAGAAAUGUGUGGCAAUGUGCAUGGACAGAUAUAUGGAUACAUGGGACCUAACAGCAAAAACAUAUGCCAGUCGACUACAGCGGGAGAUGUCAUAGAACACUGUGUAACAUUAUAGAGAGUGGAUGUAUUAUUGUGUGAACACAUACAAAUGGGAUGAAUAGGAUCACUAUCGGAAGUUAUAAUAGCACCAGGGACGUACAUAGAUGUAUGUACUGAUUAAUCUGGGACUACAUCGAUAAACCAGGGACAUACAUCGAUAAACCAGGGACAUACAUAGAUAAACCAGGGAUGUACAUCGAUAAACCAGGGACGUACAUAGAUAAACCAGGGACGUACAUAGAUAAACCAAGGACGUACAUAGAUAAACCAGGGACGUACAUAGAUAAACCAGGGACGUACAUAGAUAAACCAAGGACGUACAUAGAUAAACAAGGGAUGUACAUAGAUAAACCAGGGACGUACAUAGAUAAACCAGGGACGUACAUCGAUAAACCAGGGACGUACAUCGAUAAACCAGGGACGUACAUAGAUAAACCAGGGACAUACAUUGAUAAACCAGGGACAUACAUAGAUAAACCAAGGAUGUACAUAGAUAAACCAGGGACGUACAUCGACAAACCAAGGACGUACAUAGAUAAACCAGGGACGUACAUAGAUAAACCAGGGACGUACAUAGAUAAACCAGGGACGUACAUAGAUAAACCAAGGACGUACAUAGAUAAACCAGGGACGUACAUAGAUAAACAAGGGACGUACAUAGAUAAACCAGGGACGUACAUAGAUAAACAAGGGACGUACAUAGAUAAACAAGGGACGUACAUAGAUAAACCAGGGACGUACAUAGAUAAACAAGGGACGUACAUAGAUAAACAAGGGACGUACAUAGAUAAACCAGGGACGUACAUAGAUAAACCAGGGACGUACAUAGAUAAACCAGGGACGUACAUAGAUAAACCAGGGACGUACAUAGAUAAACCAGGGACGUACAUAGAUAAACCAGGGACGUACAUAGAUAAACCAGGGACGUACAUAGAUAAACAAGGGAUGUACAUAGAUAAACCAGGGACGUACAUAGAUAAACCAGGGACGUACAUUUAUAAACCAGGGACGUACAUAUGUAUAUGUAUGUCCCUGAAUAAACAUAAGGUAUUAGUUUGGGAGGUCCAGAGACUAGUGCCCUACACAAGGUAUUAGUUUGGGAUGUCCAGAGACUAGUGCCCUACAUAAGGUAUUAGUUUGGGAGGUCCAGAGACUAGUGCCCUACAUAAGGUAUUAGUUUGGGAUGUCCAGAGACUAGUGCCCUACACGACAUCAAGGCUAGCAGCUGAAGUUUACAGCUGAAGUUUUGGUUCGGUGAAGUUUUAUGAACAGAAACUUUUAGUGAUCAUCAUCGACAGAUGUUUUUUGUAAUAUAUACCGUGUCCAGUAUGUUUUGAAUACACAUUGUGACAGAAUUACAUGUUACUCGAUAUAUCAAAUACAUUUACAGAUAAUCCCAUAAAAUGUGAAAGUUUUACCUGUUAUGUAAUGGUUAGUAAAGAGACAAGUUCCAUUGGGGUACACGUAAUGUAAAAAUAUCAGGUAGCUUGGCAUUCUGUGGUAGGAACAGAAUUAUUUUAUAUUGAAUUAACCAGGUAUUGAAUUAAAGUGUAUAGUUUGUUGAUUGACAAGCUUGUGUUUGAUGAUA